AAUUAGGAGUCAACAACUACUAGCUGACCUUCAGUUAACAUCCCAGGAUUGAAAGUUUCAGAGCGUCACUAGAGCAGCAUGUCCGUAUCAACAGGCGCGGCCCUUCUGUGGAUUUUACUUCUUACAUUCACUGUCUCCACCGUGUCAGGGGCCCAGAAGUUGACUCUCACUGCUGAAUCUGGAGCCACCAUAAACAUCAGAAAUAAUAAUAAAGUCAAAGGUUGCCAAGUGUGUACAGGAUUGAUUAUUAAAAAAUGCAAUGCUGAAUCUCUGAAUUAUUUAAAAGGAAGUACUGUGGAAUUGAAAUGCUCCAGACCUCAAGAUGUAUUCAGUAUAGAAAUUGUACGGCGUAUAACUUGCACCACGAAGUCAUGCAGUAGUCACAUCGUCCAGACGGACUUCAGCUCAAUUGAUGCGCUGCGUUUUAACCGCACAUUUACCUGGAAUCUAGUCGCCGCAGCACCAAAAGCUUUCCAAAUAGAUUUCACUAAUACGGGUCUUAAACAGAUCAAUCCAUCUGAGAAAUGUCCAGACAGACACACCUACACCCUCCAGGCCUUCCAGUCUACGGGCAAUGUGGCUGUGGAGCAGUACUGCAGAAGUGGCACCAUCAGCACUGCUCUGAUUUUGAAAAGCGGCAGCUUUUCUGUGGACGUCCCAGCAGAGCAGAAGCUGCAAAAUGACAAGUUUGAUGUGACUGUGGGGGAAAAAAUCAAGUCUCUUGCCCGAAUUUCUCUGACUUUACCAAAAGGGACCUCUUCCUCAGAGCUGCUCUCGCCGGACUACCCGGAGAGUUUCCCUGAUGACGACACCAUGGAGUGGUACUUUCAGGUCCCAGAGAAACACAGGGUUGAUGUUCAGUUUCUAAACCUCACACAGCCAGAUUGUGUGAAGAAGGAAGUAGCAGUGGAGUACCACCAGAAAGACAGGGUGACAUCGGUUCUGGGACUAAAUGACACACAGCCGCUCCAGAAGCAGGGAGACUUUUUGCUCACGCUGAGGAACUGCGAGAUGGAGAGAGCACCUGCUGAUUCUCCUGGACUCACCUUCACCCUCAAGGUGUCUGCUUACCCCCCCCGUUCAAAAGCACUUUUAACCAUCCUGGGUGUAGUGGCUACUCUGCUGGUCAUUUCUGUCAUAGUGCUAGUUGUAAUGAUUAGGAAGAAGAAGAAGAAGAAGAAGAAGAAAGUCAGUCAUGAAGUUGCUGUCUAUAAUCCAAAUGGCAUCAACUUCUUACCGGGGUACGAGUCCCCAGAAGUGCUGGGGACUUGUGAAGAUGAUGAGUCCCAUGUGUACGAAGAGAUUGACGACACCCUCGUCUACACACACCUGCUGAAAAGGAAUGCAGAGACUGGCAACUAUGAAGAAACAUAUAAACCUGUUUCAGGACACAGAGACUCUCAAAAGCCACUGCUCUCAUCACAGCAGGGCCCUCCAUGCCCCAAUAGGCCACCAAGCAAAAAUCCUAAUGCCAGUGGACAACACAAUUUACCAGAAUAUGAUUUACCAGCCUAAGGACCAAAGUGCCUAAGGCCUAAGGACCAAAGUGCUCCAGUCUGGGGGCCUCGACUGGAGCUAGAGGGAAGCAACUGAGCAGAAGACUGGACUCAGCUUUUUGAUUUUUCUCUUGACCCACUUGAACUUUGGGAUAUUCAUUCCCUGUGUGAUUGCUCACUGUUCAGCCUCACAAAGCACGUUUUCUGUUGAGUGGAGCUUUUGCACUAAAGUGAGGCACACACAAACAACCUGUCUGCAGCUGUUACAACGUUUUGUCCCAGAUUAAAGGCUCUUCGAUUGCAAAAGUUGCUCUUAAUCAUUCCCUGCAGCUGCAUCUGACAUAAAACAUAUUUAUUUCAUAGUAAGGUCAAAUACAUUGCUUUUUUAAUGUGUCAUGAUGGGAUGAGUCCUUUAUCCUCAUCGGAGACCAGGACUAGGGGCAUAAUUCCCCUGCAAUUAAACUGCAUUUCAGUGUAUUUUAUUUUUAAUUUCGGUGUAGUUAUUUGACUGCAAUAACUUAAAGGCAGGUACACUGGAAUAAUGGGGUGAGAAGUCAGGUUUUUACAGGAAACAGAAAUUAUUUUAUUUAAUUUUAAGUAGUGCAUAAGUAAUUUUAUAAAGUGCAUGACUAAUUUUUUAGUAUUACAGAAUAUCAGGUAUUUUAAAGGAAAGGGGAGAAAUUAAGUAAAUUUAAGUAGUGCAUAAAAAUGCAAAAGUCAUUUUAAGUAGUAUUCAAUUUCAUUGUAAUUUUGCUGAAUAAACAUUAUUUUCCCAUCUUA